AAGACAGCCAGUUGUCAAACUGCCAUUUUUAAGUCACUAAAUAAAAAUAUGCACUUAUUUUAUUACCGUGAUAAAUAAAAUAAAUCUUUUAAAUGAACAUGAUGCCUCAGGGAACUAACAGUAUCAAGAAAAGUAAUGAUGAAGAUAAAGUACCAAAAAGCCGGGAAAAUAUUGAAGACAAUAAUUCUUCUUCUGAAUCUCUAAAUUAUUUGUUUCAUAUUUCUGAUAUUGAUACUACUAUCAAUAAAAAGGCUGAAUUAAAAAAGAAGUUUUAUAAGAAAUUUGGGCUUCUUGAUCGAAUGACCCAGAAAGAGUUUGAGAGGGAGGUAAAGAAAAUAUGUAAUUGCUGUCUGAAGCAUAUAAAAGACCUUCACGAGCUUCAUGUCAAGAGAACGGCAGCUCUCAACAUGAUAGAUGACGUGAUAGCAAGGAUGGACAUAAGUUACGUCAAAACUCAUCAUGUGGUUCAUUUAGUUUGGUCGGUAAUGAGCUGCAUGCAUCAUUUCCAAUUGCGUUUUAGAACAGGGACUAAAUCCAUUAUAACAUGGACAAGAAAAAGAAAAGCUGAAGCUUGCAUGCACACAUAUAACAGACUCAUACACUCUUUACCAAAUUCUGUAUAUCGGGUGGUACUAAAUUCACUUAUCAUAUUUUACAAAGAAGGUCGACUUUGGACAAUUGAAUUUCGUUUAACUGAAAUGGUUUGUCGAUUGCUAUAUUUAUAUGGGGAUAUAGAGGAAGCUAUAGAAGACAUUUUAGUAACUGCUGAACAUGCUUCUCUCCAGUCAGAUAUCGAGCCCAGGAUGAUGAUAAAAGUACUCUACGAAGUACUGGAGAAAAUCAGAUGGAAUCAAAUGUCUGAGACCAUGAUUAGGAGAUUUUUAGUUAUGCUUAGAAAAAGCAUUGAGCCAAAGCCGGAACAUAUUUACCGAUACAGCCCAAUGAGAAUGGGAUUAAAUAUAUGCGUGAGGAACAUUACCAAGAACUUGAAUAAUACAGAUUUAAUGAACCUGCUGGUAAUCAUAGUCACCAAAAUUACAUCUUACGAGAUGGAAGACAGCACACUUCUCGAGUUUGGUAGUAUCGGAGAAUACGCUGCUCUAAGGUAUCAUACUCAGAGAUUUUCUGAGACUAUUCCAGAUCAGUUAACUGAAAGUUUAAUGAUGAUGAUGGUAUCGGACAAUGCUUUUCAUCAUUUAUUUGCAAAUAGGAUUAUGCAAAAUAUUUGGGAUAGGCACCAUAACAAAUUAGAAUUUGAAACGCCAAGAAUUUUCUUUAGAGGAGUAUCAUAUAACAUUAAAAUAGCCAGGUACAGUGCAAGAGAUCGUAAAUAUUACAAAAGAUAUAGACUGGCUAUAAACAGAGUCAUGAUGAAAGGCCUACGGCAGCAUUAUUAUCGAAGAUUAAACUUAGAGAACAUCUAUACAAAUCUAGCAAUUAUUUGCGUCGAAAUUCCAUGUUCCUAUGUUGCAUCAAGUAUAGUUUCAUUCGCAAUGGCCAUGCAAGAGUAUUUUUUAUUGACAAAUCCACCGGACAUGGUGUCAUGUCAUCAUGUACAUGCCAUGGUUAUGUCGCUUAUGACGUUGGUUUGUUAUGUUCAUAGGGCUGAGAUUUUUUACAACUACGUGGCGGAAAUCAUGGAACGUAGAUCCGAUAUGGCACCACAAUUAAAUCCACCGCUAAAAGCAGUCUAUACGUACGCCCAAAACCACAUACUCUGGAAUAAGCCGGACUUAUUCUUCGAAGACUGGGAGGCCAGAUACGGACUUUGGAAGUGCUUCCGAACUGUCGACGAGUCAUUUUAUAAUAUGGUACUGAAUGUCACAUCAACACAUCGAAGAAAAUCGGAACAAAAAGCUAAACGGCCAAUAAAAGUAAAAAACGAGUAACCAGUAUUAACAGAUAACUUUAUUUUUCUAUUUUUAGAAUUUAAGUGAUUUUUUUAACAAAUAAAUAACUUCAUAAUUGAUAA